AUGGCUCCCGUAUACGUCAUGGAGCCGCCCGAGGGCGAGGUGCGGACCGCCGUCCAACCCCCGAGCAGCGCCGGAGGAGUCCUGCCGGCCGGAGUUGCUACGACUGUCCUCGCCUGCAUCGCCGUCUGUCUUCGAUUGUUCACCAGGAAAUAUGUGGUGAAGGGUGUGCUUGGUCUGGAUGACUACAUGUGUCUAUGUGCUCUCGGCUUCUCCAUCAUCUUCCUUGGGCUCACCUCCCACCUCAGCAGCCUUGGUGCCGGCCAUCACAUGUGGGAUAUCUUGUUGUCGGACUUCAGCCCGCACUUUUGGCAGACGUCGAUCAGUGCAACUCUUAUCUUUGCCGUCUCCAUCGCUUUCUCUAAGCUCUCCGUCCUGUUCUUCUUUCUUCGAAUCUCCCCAGACAGGGUGAUCCGCCGCGCCGUGCACACACUCAUUUCUCUCAUUUGCGUUUACACCCUUGUCUACAUUUUCCUCAUGAUCUUCCGAUGCCGACCCGUCUCGUCCGGCUGGGACCUGACUGUGGAGGGACAAUGCAUUGACAGCCUUGUCCCGAUGUUGACCCUCAGCAUUGCCAACAUUGUCAUCGACCUCUUCGUUCUUCUCCUUCCUAUUAGGAUCGUCAUCCCACUGCAGAUCCCUCUGCGACAAAAGAUUUCCCUUGCUCUGCUAUUUGCGACUGGUGGCUUUGUCUGCGUCGCUUCCAUCAAGCGGACGGUCAUUAUGUCACCCCUUCUGAGGUCUGAUGACUACUCGUGGGAUGUUUCCCAACAGAUCAUCUGGACCUACAUCGAAGUCAACGCCGGCGUCAUCUGCGCGUCGGUGCCGGCCUUGAAGCCCUUCUGCAUGCGAUACAUCCCCAUCAUCAUCUCGGCGCGGCUCCGUGGUGCUUCCCAGGACAAGUCUUCCUCCAAGAAACAGUCGAACGGCGCCGACAAGAAGAGGAGGAGCCGAAACAUUUACUCUUAUGAAAUGCCCAGCCGCGACGAAGUGUCUGAAACCACACUGCAGGAUGACGAGGCCCGGCUGUGGUCGUUGAGGGGCGCCAAGAACAAUGGCAAACCGAGAGAAAUAAUCCAGGAAAUGGAAAGUUUCGACACCUUGGCUGAUAACGUCACCCUGCCUCCCAAACCAGAACCUGCCGUGGUCGGAUUUGGAACCAAGCGCACUGAAAAUGUCAACGGAAUUCAAAUCACCAAGGAAACUUACAUCUCCUAUGGCCCUGCCUGA